CACAUUGUGCUCACAUGCACCUCUCUCAUACACUUCCUGUUUGCCUUGUUUGUGAGCCGCAGUGUGUGAAGCGCAGAAGAGUUUGAGCGCGGCAGAGAGCUACAACCAGAUAGUAGCGGCUGAUUUCACUGCAGUGCUCCGCCGUGCCCAGGAUGUGGGUUUGUCUGUUAAACCGUGAUGUGCGUGGCGAAUGAAUGGCAGCGGCACUGAGCUGGAGAAACUUCGCUUUGGACUCAUUGGAUUCUUCAGUCGCGUACAGAGGCCAUGGAUGCUGGACAGUAAGCUGCAGAACCUGAGCGGUGAAGAUGCAGCACACCUCGUGCACAGAGGACAGGAUCCAGCAUGCCCUGGACAGGUGUCUGGAUGGGCUGAGACAAAGCCCCACGGCGGCACACCACUGGAACGUGCUUAUGUGCUCGGCGGGCCAGUCCAUGAACCGCUGGAGCUUGGAGGAGAUGGUGAAGAGGGACCCCGAGAACUUCCUCAUCCUCUUGCAACAGAUCAUCAGGAAGACCAAAGAGGUCCAGGAGCAGUGUCAGUACGAGCUGGUGGCUCCCUUGGCUAUCAUGUUCUCCUCCACGCUCCUUCAGACGCCAUACUGUCCUCCAGACGCAGAGCUGCUGGAGGAAGCCAUUGACGUGUUUCGCCACUUCCUCACCUGGCCUGAGCCUUACAGCAGUGUGUGUAGAAACCUGCUCUCCACACUACAGCUGGAGAUCAAGGCCCCGGGGAUUUCCUUUCAGAGACUGGUGAGAGAAGAGCAGGGCCUUAUCACGUCCAGCCAGUGCACCAAAACCAUGACUGUGCUGCUGAUGAACCCCAGCGAGGUGCCCGCCGACUUUCUCUCCGUGGCCGAGCAGCUCUGUUGCAUUCAGCACUCGCAGAGAGAGACGUACAUCACCCUGAUCAAACACGCCUUCCAGUCCACGCUCGGCACCAAGUACCCCCUGCAUAGCAUCCACAGAGCCCUGCAGGCAAAAACUGUGAAUGAACUGGGGCAGAUCUUCUCCGCGUUAAGUGAUGUCUUGGAGACGGCCGCUGCCAUGAGCGACCCUCUGAAGGGCCGCAGUCAUGUGAUCCAGGAACUUGAGAGACUGAGGGAGACGAUGAGAAUCCCGGCGUCCAAUGGAAGGAAGUCUGAUGGAAUGCUGCAAACUCUGCCUCUGCCUACAGCCAAGUGUUACAUGUUUCACUGGGAAAAAGACAACUUUGAUGUUCUGAACAUCCUUUUGGAGCAUGACCCUGAUGAUAUGGCUACUAAUGGAGAGGCUGAGGAAGAAGAGGAGAUAGACACUGAUGAUGAUGAUGAUGAGGAGGAGGAGGAGGAGGAAGACAAAGAAGAUGUGGAACAUGGAGUAGACUUGCCUUCGAUGUCUAUCAUCCCUAACGACUGCAGCUCUGACCACCGUGCCUCCACCUUCUCCACUAUCUCCUCCCUGUCCACCGCCUCCAAAGACUCAAUGUUCUCCACCCUGUCCGUCACCUCAGAGUCUUACGCUCCAUCUCUCUUCUCUGUCGCUUCUGGAGCUGACAGUGACUUCUUUGAAGAUUCUGACGACUAUAUCUGCUCCUCUCCCGUCGCUGAGAAAUGCUCACCAAAGUCUGCCAAAACUUCGGCUCGGCUCAGCCAGCACUUGUACCGCCUCUUCAUCAAACCCAACAGAACUCGGUCACUGUCUCGGGCCAAGAGCUUAGGAAACACAGAAUCAAAAGACCUGUUAGUGGUGCGGGAGAGGCGCUCCAACUCUCUACCACAGCAGGUCAAGUUACGUAGUCCCGAGCCCCUACUCCACUCACAAAGCCAAACUCUCAGACACGUCUGCUUCCGGAGGAGGCCUAUCCUCAGCAGCGAUGAGGACAGUAAGAAUACAACGCUGAGGGUGGUGGUGUUCGGUGCUGAUCACGUAGCAGGGAAGGUGGCGCGGGCCUACAACAGCCUGAGGAGGAAGGAGAGUGCGUGUCCACGUCUCAGCAGGGCAUUUAAGCUUCAGUUCUACUUCGUGCCUGUGAAGAGGGACUCGGCAGCGGGGCCGCGGGGGCUGAGGUCUCCUGGUUCUGUGGUUCAAACUGGAACUCUGAAAGGAGCGGCCUUGUCUAACGAUCUUCACCUCAUGGGCACAGGGGACAGUACCAACGACAUUGCCCAUCUCCUUGGUAUGUUGGACCCUUGGUACGAAAGAAACACCCUCACCCUGCUUAACUUGCCCGCCAACGUCGUCUGCCAGCAAACCUCAAAGACGGAGUCAGAGUCAUAUGAUAGUUCAUAUGAGCAGCGUCUACCCAUCCUGGCCGACUUGGUCCUGUACUACUGCCGCUACGCUGCCCGGCCUGCUCUGAUCCAGCUCUAUCAGGCUGAGUUGACGUUAGCAUGUGGAGAGAGGAGGACCGAGGUGUUCGUCCACUCCCUAGAACUGGGUCACACCGCAGGAACGCGAGCCAUCAAGGCCAUGGGUGCUGCCAGUAAACGGUUUGGUAUUGACGGCGACCGAGAAGCUGUGCCUCUAAUGUUGGAGGUGGUGUACAACAGGGUGGUGAUUAGCGGGAGAAGCCAGUGGAAAAGAGAAACCAAAGUCUGUACUUCAGUAAACUUAACCAAAGCGUGCAAGAACCCGGAGGAACUAGACUCAAAGAUGGAGUGCCUGCAGCUCACGAUGACUGAGGUCCUGAAGAGACAGAACGGUAAAAGCAAGAAGGGCUACAACCAGCAGCUGAGCAUGACAGAGGUGAAGGUGGACAAGGUGCAAGUCAGCGGUGCUGGGAACACAACCUUUGCUGUGUGUCUGGACCAGGAUGAGAAAAAAAUACUGCAGAGUGUCAUCAGAUGUGACAUCUCGGUGUGCUAUAAACCUGACAGCUCCACGGACUGGAGACUAAGAAAAUCCCAGACCUCAGCCCAAAUCCAGCCUCUCAACCCCACCUUCUGCUCCCUCCUCUGCCUGCCCAUUGUCACUUUUAGUGGGGCUCUACCCUGAGACUGCUGGCCUGCUGGUUUGGGUGGUUUGAGAGGAAAGAUUCUGUGCAGUUAUUUAUAUGCUCUGAAUAACAGACAAUGACUGCAGGUGGAAAGUACACAGGAAAUACAGCUUUUCUUCAUUUCCGCCUGGUGUCUUGAAGCUGCUGGGGUCAAGUUCGCUUGAUGGCACCCUCAAACGACAGUGAAAUGCAGCUAUUGGAAACACAAGGACUUGCAGAGAAGGGGUAUAAUCUGCAGACCUGGCUGGCCUGUGAUCGUUAAUAUAAUGACGUACCAAAGAACCUGACAAACAAAGAAUGACAAGAGAUACAAUAUUUGUAAUGCAGAGUCCAGCUCUUUCAGUACAAAACAGUCAUUCACUGUUGUUAAGGAAACUGUUAAUGUUUCAUUACAAAGGUUUCAGUUCCUCUUUUCCUGUUACCCACAGUAACAUUAGAAUGUAAUCUGGUCAAACAGGGUGAAUCUACAGAGUGGGAUAUUAGGUGAGAUGGUAUCCAAACUGGGAACAUCAGUGUGUUGCAAUAGGCCUACUGAGAGAUGGAUUGUAAAAAUAUAGAGAUCAUAUUGGAGUCAAAGUUUAUGAGCUGUUCUCCGGAUCAACCAACAUGGACACAAAGGACCAUGGAGAAAUACUUAUGCCUGUCGACCAGACUCUACUAUGUGAUGCCUCCAUUGGGGUGAUGAUGAGACUUUGUGCCUCCAACUGAGACUGGACACUAUAGACUUACACAAUAUGUAAAUAUUUUGCUUGUAAAAUAAUGUAUUGCAUGCUAUAACUUGAAUGUUACACCAGAAUGUUUUAUGUCUGUUACACGUGGGCUUUUGAUGGUAACAGUUAGAAUGAAGUCAUUUGUUUAACUGGAGUUCUAAAUUUUACCAGCAGGGGGCUCUGUUGAACUUUUGUCUUCAGUUGAAAUACAGAUUACUUUAACAAUACACAGGUUGCAUACUUGUCUCACUUAAUCACUGUAGCGUAUGUAUAGUACAUAUUUUUGCUUUCGCAAAUUGAUAACAUUUAUUUCAUCAAGGGCACAGAUGUAAAAUAUAAAUUUGAUGUCAUGGUGCUAAAAACACAUUUGGAUGCAUGUCUUCCUUUAUAAAAAAAGAGUAACUGAUUCAUUGCACUUUGCAUACUCUAUGACAUUUUUUAAAGAAAAUAUUAUUGUUUGUAGCUCUAAAUGGGCAAUAUCUUGAUCACCUGACUGAGACUGAAAUGGCAGCACUGCACAGAAAUAUUUUAUGUGUGUGUAUGUAUUUUAUGGAAUUGAAGCACUUGAACAUUAGAUGAAAUAAAUUAGGUACUUUUAUGUUCAGAUAGAUGCCUGACACCACUGUCCUUUCCUUACAUGCCGUCUCUAAUGGAAAUAUUCCCAAUGCAAUACUGGUGUUUCACCUAUGCAAUGGAUACAUCUCAAAUUCAGUCCUCAUUAAAUAUGUUUUCACUGA